UUCAAAUUCCAAUUACAUAAAAAAACACGAAUUUUUUCUCUCUUGUCCGUUUUCUCGUCUUUUCUCCUUCUUGCGGCUCAGAACUUCUCGCUUAACCGUUUCAGAGAUGGCGGCCAUCGUCGACGAUUCUCGUCUGAACUAUGGCAAGAUGGGUUACGGGUGCGUACAUUACCGACGGAGGUGCAAGAUUCGCGCACCGUGUUGCAAUGAAAUCUUCCACUGUCGCCAUUGCCACAACGAAUCUACCAAGGAUCAUCACGAGUUGUGUAGGCAGGAGGUCGAAACGGUAAUUUGCCUAGUGUGUGAUACUGAGCAGCCGGUUUCUCAAGUGUGUUUGAAUUGUGGAGUCAAUAUGGGGGAGUACUUUUGUAAACUAUGCAAGUUCUUCGAUGAUGAUAUUGAGAAGGGGCUGUAUCAUUGUGAUGAAUGUGGCAUAUGCAGAGUUGGGGACAAGGAGAACUAUUUCCACUGCAAGAAGUGUGGAACAUGCUACUCUGUUUACUUACGGAAUAAGCAUUCAUGCGUUGAGAAUUCAAUGAAGCAUCACUGCCCGAUAUGUUAUGAGUAUCUUUUUGACUCCUUAAGAUAUACAAGAGUCUUAAAAUGCGGGCAUACGAUGCAUUCAGAGUGUCUUGAUGAUAUGAUAAAUCACGAACAAUAUACAUGCCCAAUAUGUUACAAGUCUGUAAUCGACUUAUCAAGACUUUGGAGGAAGUACGAUGAGGAGAUUGAAGCUACUUUGAUGCCUGAGGAUUAUCGACAGAGAAAGGUAUGGAUCCUUUGCAAUGACUGUAAUGAUACCACUGAGGCCUUCUUUCACGUUAUUGGUCACAAAUGCGUCCAUUGUUACUCUUACAACACAAGAAUGACUUCUCCACCUAUUCUUCCUCAGUGAUUACUAACUCAGUCCUGUUUCCAAUUUAUCGAUCAUUCAAUCAUCUAUACCUCAACAUUUAAUUUAUUAUCUUCAUUUUGGAACCGCCAAACUGUGCUACGAUAGGAUUAUUUUACCUUAUUGAUCUUAUAUCAACUAUCAAGCAGCUUUACAGAAAGGGCAUCUGUCAAAAUUAGCUGUAGGUUAGAUGCUAUUAUUCAGUUGAUUCUAUAAGAUAUGGAACAACAAAAUAUAGAACUGUGACAGUAUGUAUUUGCAUGGAAUUUUGCUUAAUAUUGAUUGUGAUUAUUUUCUGACAGAGAA